AUGAGCCAGCAGUGUGCCCAGGUGGCCAAAAAGGCCAAUGGCACCUGGCCUCUGCGGCGGGAGGUCCGUCUGCCCGGGCCCUGCCGCGACACGCAGGUCUCCGCCACGGGCUGCGACUGCGGGGCGACUCUGGCACACGCCGCGCUGAGUCCUCCAGCCCUGCCCUCUUCCCAUCCCUCAGCAAGCCCGCCUCCGUCCCCGGACGGGUCCCGUGUACAGCGGGAGCGGGCAGCGCUGGUCUCGAACACGGCUUCUGGAGCGCCGCGAGGGGAGGAGGAGCGGGGGAGGAGCGGGUGCGCCGGGAGCGGCGGGCGGAGGGGGAGGCGGAGGCGGAGGCGGCGCUCGGGGUGGCACCGGUACCGCCACCGCGACCGUAGGGGCUCCGCGGGCUUGUGCCGUCCCGUCAGGGUACCGCCCGGUGCGGGAGAGCCCCUCGCCGGCCGCCACGGGCGCGGCGGGCCGAGCCGGGCCCAGGCCGAGGGGACGCUCCCCCGCCGCUCGGAAUUUGCAGCACUUACAAAAGAGCUCAAUGUAUGCAGGGAGCAGCUGCUGGAAAGGGAAGAAAUCGCUGAACUGAAAGCAGAAAGAAAUAAUACCAGGGUAAGGGAGAGGUUACGAGUAGCACUUGAAAGGUGUAGCUUCUUGGAAGAAGAACUAGGUCCUACACAUAAAGAGUUAAUGAUACUGAAAGAGCAAAAUAAUCAGAAGAAAACACUUCCAGAUGGGAUGCUGGAUAUAAAUCAUGAACAAGAAAAUAUACUGACUACAAAUGGGAAGAGAUCCUCUGAUGGUUCUUUAUGCCACAAUGAAAACCUUGCUAAAGUGAUUGAACUCCAAGACAUCACAGAUAAGCAAAACAAGGAGCAGACACAAAUGAAAGAACGUCUCACUGCUCUGGCCAGCAGAGUGACAGAGCUGGAAGAAGAUCUUGACACAGCCAGAAAAGACUUGAUAAAAUCUGAAGAAAUGAAUACAAAGUUACAGAGAGACGUUCGAGAGGUUACGGCCCAAAAGGAAGACAUGGAAGAGAGAAUUACAACUCUUGAGAAACGCUACCUCGCUGCACAACGUGAAGCUACAUCUGUGCAUGACCUCAAUGAGAAACUUGAAAAUUAAAUUGCCACUAAAGACUCCAUGCACAGACAGAGUGAAGAUAAGAACAGGCAAUUGCAGGAACGACUGGAACUGGCUGAGCAAAAGCUGCAGCAGACCCUGAGAAAAGCUGAGACUUUGCCAGAGGUGGAAGCUGAGCUGGCCCAGAGAGUUGCAGCACUUACAAAGUCUGACCUUUUGUCUCCUGGGAGCUCUGCUGCUAAAGAUGCAAAAGUGUUGGAACUUACCACCAAGCUUAGGAAGGCUGAGGAGAGACAUGGCAACACUGAGGAACGACUGAGGCAGAUGGAAGCACAGCUAGAGGAGAAGAAUCAAGAGCUGCAAAGGGCUAGACAGAGAGAGAAGAUGAAUGAAGAGCAUAAUAAACGUUUAUCAGAAACUGUUGAUAAGCUGCUGUCUGAAUCCAAUGAAAGGCUCCAGCUUCAUCUCAAGGAAAGGAUGGCUGCCCUGGAAGAUAAGAAUUCACUUCUUCGAGAAAUCGAAAAUGCAAAAAAACAAAUAGAGGAGCUUCAGCAUGAAAAGGAUCAACUUGCAAUCAGUGUUGAUGCUUUAAGGGCUGAAAAUGACCAAGUGAGACUCAGAGCCACAUCACUCCAUCAUAGCAGACCGGAUUUCAGAUUCCCUGUGACAUCUUCCUCUGUGGGUGACACUCACACAGACUCCUUUGGCACCUCCUCUGUGCUGAGGCGUCCCCAGAAGGGACGUUUGGCAGCUCUCAGAGAUGAACCUUCAAAGGUUCAAACUCUGAAUGAGCAGGAUUGGGAGCGAGCCCAGCAAGCAAGCGUGCUGGCAAAUGUGGCACAAGCAUUUGAGAGUGAUGUUGAUGUGUCUGAUGUGGAGGAUGACAGAGAGACGAUAUUCAGCUCAGCUGAUCUGCUGUCACCAAGUGGUCAGGCUGAUGCUCAGACUUUGGCCAUAAUGCUUCAGGAACAGUUGGAUGCCAUCAACAAAGAGAUAAGGCUUAUCCAAGAAGAGAAGGAGAACACGGAGCAGCGAGCGGAGGAGAUUGAAAGCAGGGUGGGCAGUGGCAGCCUGGAUGCCCACGGCCGGUUCCGCUCCAUGAGCUCCAUCCCUCCUUCCUAUGCCAGCGGUUCCCUGGCUGGUUCCUCUCCCCCUGGCAGCGGCCGCUCCACCCCAAGGCGGAUCCCACACAGCCCAGCUCGGGAAGUUCACAGGCUUGGGAUCAUGACACUGGAAGAAAACCCCUUCCAGUUCUGGAUGCCUGGUAACAAAUAUCUGCGUGGAAAGGUAAUGGGGGAAUCUUUUAAAAGGCGAAAGUGUGAGAGUGGCAGUGAUAUCCCACCAGAGAAGCUCAGCCCUGGUGCCCCAUGGGCAGCGUCGGGGGGGCUGCGGCCGUGUCGGUGCACACAGCCUUCCACACAAGGCACUGCUCCGAAUGGAACUAAUUUCAGGUUACUUGCACACUUGCAGCUUCACUGCUUACGUAGAUGUGCUGUGACUACUGAAUCCUGA